GCAGGACGCACGCAAUGACGAGUAGCGCCAACGACGCCGCUGCCAGCACCACUACAGCCCGGCGCGCGGCAGGCGCCGGCCGCGGCUUCACGCUCCGCAGCACUCUCAGCUCGCUGCCCAGCGGACGCGACAACAACGACAGCAUGCGCAACAACAACAACGACAGUACUGGCAACGACGACGACGGCGCCGCAAUGCUUGCGCUGCUGUUGGCCAGCACAGACGUCGACGUCGACAUGGGCCUCGGCCACGAGAUGGGUCACGGCGCGGUCGCCUCGCCCAACGCUUCACGGCCGCUCGUCGUCGAUACGGGCAGCGCCCACAACAGCGGCGACGACAUCGCGACGAAUAGCUGUCACUGCCAGACACGUAAUGCCGUAUGCAGGACCCAAUGA